UCGAACAUCGAUUUAUAUUUCUGACCACGAACGUGCUAAUAGUUAGAACCAUGAUUGCAAGCAGUUUCUUUAUAGUAGCAGCGAUUGUGGCCAGCGUGUCUGCUCAAUCCGGGUCUGGUAGUUCAGCAACAUGUAACGCGGCACCGAAAACGUAUCCUAAUUUAACUGGCGAAGCUCUGUAUCAGCAGUUAUUGGCGGAUUUAUCUGUGUCGGAAGUGGAAGUGAACAACGUGGCCAAAUCCAACCCCAACGUCCCCAUUAAUAACAGCUCCGGGCUUUUCCUCGGUGGUUUAUUGGCUCUGAAUCGCGACAACCUGCAGCUCCUGGGUCUGGCAAAUAACGCCGAUAUUACAGGACCGGCUUGUCUGCAGCUGGCAACGAGCCUGUCCAACGACAUUCAACUGGGGUUAGGACAUGCCAGCGACAUUAUCCCCGGGGCAUGUGAUUCCCUUACCGGUGAAGCCAAAUAUCAGUUUAUCCUCCAAAAACUGGGAGCAGCAUUGACUAAUUUGGUACAAGCCGGUCAAGCUCACCAAAAUGACAACUAUGAAUCGCAGCCCUGGCUGUCCAACGUCGUAAAUCUGUACAAAUCCAUGGUGCGCAUCCAGGCUGUGGUGACAAACAACGACAAUACCUCCGAAUGCCAAGCGGCUGCAUUGCAAAUCGCUACCGCCUUGACCGGCAUCUUGGCUGCUAAUGGAAGCACACUUAAUUAAAUUAGCGCUGGAAUAGUUUUUUUUUCUGACAGCACUCAUGCAUUUUGCCACUUUUUUACAAAAAAAAACUUUUUUGCCUGUUUUAAUACAUAGAAAAAUUAUGCUUGUACUCUGUAGUUGCCAAUUCCUCUGUAGUUGUAAUAACAUCAUGUGAGACCGGUAUACCUAUUUUAUACCCAUUUAGCGCACCAGAGGGCGUUUCGUGUUCGGGGUACAAAUGCCACAGGUUCAAGUACAAAGCAAAAAUAAC